CAAAGAAAUAAAUAAGAAAAGAUAAACAAGAAAAUUACAGACCUCACGAGUCAAAGUUAUUGUAAAACCAUGGACUCUGCAGAAAAAAGCUCCAUCCAAGGAACACCAACUUCUGCGGAACCCCUAACUCCUAUCUGUUCUGGAGACGGUGGUAUAAUUGCAGUAUCUCCACUAUGCGACCACUACAAUGAUCAGAUGAGGAUCGAUUCUCUUACUACUUGUUCCGAUGAAGAAAUCAUUGAGUCUUUGUAUCAAAACCUCUUUAGUAUUGUUCUCUCUCUUCAAAUAGAGGAAUCUGGUUCUGGUUCUCACACGCCUCUCUCUGCGCCUUGCCCUGGAGCUCCCAUGAAGCUUACCAAGUUAUCCAGAAACAUCGACCCAGGAUUCCAAAGAAAACUCUUUUGACAUGACAUUGCUUCCUUGACCGAUUCUUUUUAACAUAUUGGAUUAGCUUUAUUCUUGUGUUGUAGUAUUCUUGUGUUGGGGAGUUGGUGUUGUAUUUGUGUUCAUGUGUAUUGUGAUCAUAUCUGGAAAUGUUCUCGA